AUUCAAUUCUUGCUCGGCUUUAUUAUUAUUGUUAUUAUUUUACCCUUCUUCCUUCGUUUCUUCCUUCCUUUAUUCAUUCGUUUCUUCCCCACACUCGUUAUCCUUCUCUUUCGUUCCUGGCGCCGCCCGCCCGUCGUUCUCCUGUCCGGUAAUAUUGUUACUGCUUUACCAACCAGCGGCUUGCUUCUCCCCCUUUGAAAAAAAGAAGCGCUGAAAACCCAAAGCCCCUUUUCCCCCAAAGAGGGCCCUGGUUUGAUUGGAUUUUUUAUUGAUUUGAUUAUUUUUAUUUUUUAUUGUUUUAUUAUUAUUAUUAUUAAUUGUUCUUGUUUCCUGUGUAUACCAUUAUCAUUGGUUUUCCUGCGCCCUUUUUUUCAUUUGCUUGAUCCGUUUACUCCUACCACUUGCCCAUUUGCAGUUUAAUCAUUCGUGGCUGGUUCUCAUAGUCUCCUGGUUCAAUUUCUUCUUUCUCGUUAUUAUUAUUCUUGUUACUAUUCUUCGUUUCUUUGCUUUCUCCUUCUCCUACUUCUCCGUUCUUUCGCUCACCCUGGUCCGCAUCCCUUUUCGGGGGGGAAAAAGCUUCUGCAUCCCUUUCUUUUCACCGUCUCCGUCGACUCUUUUCAGGGGACCCUUCUCUUCGUUUUAGGCCCCGUUCUUGGCCUUUGACUCUCCUUUUUUCUUUUCUUUUUUGUUUGCCGUGAUUGGCCUUCAAACACCUUGCUAGGAGCAGGCAUUCUCAAGACUGGGUCCUGCGGAGGCACAAGCUGUUUUUGGGAAGCUCUGCUGCUUUGCAUUUGUUCGUUCUGCUCUCUUCGCCUCUUAAUCUUUCCCUUUUUUUCUACUCCCCGCCGGGCUUUCUUUAGGGGUGGUGCACCGUAUAUACGGCAUACUUCCUAUUCUCCCUGGUCGCCAAUCCUGUAUACCAACACUGGAAAAAAAAAAAAAAAAAAAAAAGAAAAGAAAAAGUACAUCACUCUUUUUCUUCCGCGGUCGUUCCUUUCUCGAAGCAAAAGAGAGAGGGUAAACUACUUGGGUCCUGUCGUGCUAUAACCUCGCCAUGCAAACCUCAGAUGCCGCAAGCAUCCCGAAUAGCUCUCGCCUGAUCCAUCCCGUUUCUAAGUUCUCCCACCUCAACGCAGACAACACGGGUUUCUCGCACACUGCCUACAAUUCCAACCAUUUCCCUGUUCAGGGCUUUGCAGACCGUCAGUCUCGCCGUGCCAACAUCCCUGCCAUCAAUACUUCGGCCGCCGGGCAAAACAUUAACGACAUGGCCUCCUCUGGCACCGCUUAUGACAUGAACUUCACCCCUCUGCUACCCUCCCAGCUCCUUCUCGGCAGCCCGUUCCAGCCCGGGACGCCUUCCGCCUUCACCUCCCCUCAAUUCAACUUUGGCGGCUUCUCCCAGCACGGCGCCUCUGCGCAUGCUCAGAAUUCUCAGAACCAGCUGGGAAGCCCCACCCAGGGCCCUCAGAAUUCCAUCUCUCCUGGACCGUACCCCGGGCUGAUGUCUACUGAUGGUCUGGGCGGUUCGCAGCUUCUCAGUAGUCCUCAAUCUCCCAUCGGUGGUCUAGGAGGCCUGGGGAAUGCAGCUUUUGGGAGCCCGCCAGCCGCGGUGACCCCUAAUGUUCUUUCGGGGACGAGCCGUACCGUAUACCUGGGUAAUAUCCCUGCGGAAACGACUGCCGAGGAGAUCUUGAACCAUGUCCGCAGCGGUCAAAUCGAAUCGGUUCGCCUCCUUCCCGACAAGAACUGCGCCUUUAUCUCCUUCUUGGAUAGCAGCUCGGCCACUCAUUUCCACUCGGACGCCAUCCUGAAAAAGCUGGCGAUCAAGGGGAAUGAUAUCAAAAUUGGAUGGGGUAAGCCGUCUCAGGUGCCCACGUCUGUGACUCUUGCGGUGCAACAAUCGGGUGCCUCGAGGAAUGUCUACCUCGGGAACCUGCCAGAGGAGACUACGGAAGACGAGUUGCGUGAAGAUCUAGGCAAAUUUGGCGCCAUUGAUACCGUGAAAAUUGUCAAGGAGAAGGCCAUUGGUUUCGUCCAUUUCCUGUCCAUCAGCAAUGCAAUUAAGGCCGUCACUCAGCUCCCCCAGGAGGCCAAGUGGCAGGCUCCCAGACGCGUCUUCUAUGGGAAGGACCGUUGUGCCUAUGUCUCGAAGACACAGCAGCAGAAUGCGGCUCAGUUUCUCGGUAUUGCGCCGGGAUAUGCGCACAUGCUCAACUCAGCUGAUCGUGAUCUGAUCUCCAAUGCUCUUGCUCAGCAGUCUGUCGCUGCCGCUGCCGUGGCCACCACGGCCGGCGGUGUCAAUAAUCUUGGGAAUCGGACAAUCUACCUCGGGAAUAUCCAUCCUGAGACGACCAUUGAGGAGAUCUGCAAUGUUGUGCGUGGCGGUCUACUUCAUCACAUCCGGUAUAUACCCGACAAGCAUAUUUGUUUUGUUACAUUCAUCGAUCCAACAUCCGCGGCGUCUUUCUAUGCCUUGAGUAACCUACAGGGCCUCAUGAUCCAUAAUCGCCGAUUGAAGAUUGGCUGGGGAAAGCAUUCCGGUCCACUCCCUCCGGCGAUUGCACUUGCAGUAAGCGGCGGUGCCUCGCGUAAUGUAUAUAUCGGCAACUUGGAUGAAUCAUGGUCGGAGGAUCGGCUCCGUCAGGACUUCUCCGAAUAUGGUGAAGUUGAGUUGGUGAAUACGCUUCGCGAGAAGAGCUGUGCCUUUGUUAACUUUACAAACAUCGCCAACGCUAUCAAGGCGAUCGAGGGCAUGCGUAACCGGGAGGAGUAUAAGCGAUUCAAGAUCAACUUCGGCAAGGACCGCUGUGGUAACCCUCCCCGCCAGGUGAACAACGCGCAGCAGAACCGCGGCGGGUCUGGACUCGAUGGCCCGCAAGGUAGUCCACCCGUGCUGAACGGUCUCCAGCAGAAUCUGAGCCAGCCCACUUCCCAAUCCAGUCCCAGCCGUCCGGCCCUUUCACCUGCCCCUGGUUCAACUGGCUCUCAAAAUGCCCAGCAAAACCGACCAUCUAUCCAGAUGUCGACUGCACCAUCUGGAAUGUUGAAUGUCGCAGCGAACAACCCAUUGACCAUGUAUCUGAACCAGGUAUCUGCUCAGCAAGCCCAGGAACAGGAGGAGCGGUUGAAUGACCCCAUGGCUGCCUUCCAGCAACAGAAACAACAACAGCAGCAGCAACAGCAGCAGCUACAGCCACAAUCGCAACAGCCUUCUCUUUAUGGCGGUUCUGGCUCUGGCGAACUUACCAACGGGAACCUCGAAACAUCGUUACACCAGCGUCAGCCUUCGACAAAUGGCUUCCUGAGUGUCACCAACGGCGCUACCGGGCCAAGUCACCAUGCCACGGCUAGCGCCAGCACAUUGAACGUGCCGCGUGCCCAGCAUUCGCGCGCUGUUAGUUUGCCCUCGUUCUCUCAGGAGCCGUUCGGUCCUGUAUCUGGUCAGCCGGGACAGGCUCGACCGGCGGCCGCACAUCAGCCUCAAGGCAGCUUCUCCAGCUUCACGUCUUUCGGUGGGCUCAACCACGCCAGUCUUGGACUAGCCAUUCAAAACGAAAACUCCCUACCUGGCUGGACAGAGGAGGAAGUCCGAGCGAAAUAAUGCUGCAUGCAGCUUUCUUCCAAUUCUUCAUGCAACCCUUCUUUUCAUAUUUUUGUAAUUUUGUCCUAUUAUAUUAUUGCCAUUUAAUCAAGUUCAUUUCUUUGAUGUCCUUGUCAGCACGAAUUUCUCAUCUUCACCUUGACCAAGAUCUCUCUUCUUACAUCCACACAGCCAACCGGUCCCUACAACCUUUUGAUUGAUCUUUCUUCCAUGCGAUUGUAUUGCUAGCUGGCUACGAACGUUUACUCCUGUUGGCUGUUUUAUCUUCUAUCCUUGCAGCUAGACGCGCUUACUUUCUGAUCCUAGUUGGCAGGAGAGGGGACAUUCCUUUUGAAGAAGUGGGCUAUACCCUAGACUGGUUUGGAAUUGUUUUCUUCUUACGUAUGUACACGUUUGUUUUAUCCAGUUUUAUUCAUUUCGUGAUGUCAUUUGAAUGUUUCUUUUGUAUGAUUUUUGUCGGAGGGUGAAGAGGGUGAAAACCAUGCCCACGCUUGACGAUCCGAGGAAGGCAAUUAUCAAUUGGACAGUCAGCCAUGACAGCAUCCCUGCAUGCAUGGUUUCGUUGGUGAGAGACACCUAGUACUACAUAAAUAAUACGAUGUUUCUCGAG